AUUGUUUGUGGAAAUAACACAAGUAUCGUAUUUGACAAAUUCUGUGUUGUUUUUGGGGGAAAUGAAAUUUCAGAAGUUUGGGUGUCUCCCCGCUUCCUGAAAAUUUUCACUCUCUUUCCCGCGAUUCUCUAAUUUUUCUUCCCUCCUCUUUCUAUUUACACUCUCUCAGUAUAAAGUUUAUCUCUAUUUCUCUAGUCAAAACUUUCGAGGUCCUUUUCGUCCAUCGGGAUUUGAUAAUUUUUGUAUACGCUUCAUCUCUCUCUGGGUUGUGUUAUCAAUCACUUUCUUGCUUGGCUGCUCCAAUGCUCAUAAGUUGCAACUAAGGUAUGCAGAGUUGAGAAUGACAAAUAUAAGUUGGACACUUGUGUGCCUUACAGGUUAAUAUAUUAGUAAUUAGGACUUGUGAUGGAGUGCAACAGAGAUGAAGCCCUGAGGGCUAAAGAGCUUGCUGAGAAGAAAAUGCAGAGUAAUGACUUUCUAGGGGCUCAAAAGGUUGCAUUGAAAGCUGAGCGGCUUUACCCUCAACUAGAGAACAUAUCCCAACUACUUGCUGUUUGCAAUGUUCACUGUUCAGCUCAGAGCAGUAAAGUGGGAUCAGAAAAGGACUGGUAUGGGAUCCUCCAAAUUGAUAUGAUGGCUGACGAAGUGACCAUCAAGAAACAAUACCGGAGACUAGCGCUUGUGCUUCAUCCUGACAAGAACAAGUUUCCAGGUGCAGAAGCAGCUUUCAAGCUAAUUGGGGAAGCAAAUAUGCUGCUUUCUGACCCAGCGAAAAGGGCUUUGUAUGAUAGUAAGUACAGGUUUUUAUCCAAAGGUACAACAGCAAAGCGACCACCUCAUCAAGUUAAUCAAAAUCCUUCGGCUAGACAAAAUGAUAUUCCUAAUGGUGUUAGUACUCAGUUUGGUAAUCUGAAUAAUCAUCAACAAACACAACCAACUUCAUCAGCUGUGCCACUAACUUUCUGGACGGGAUGUCCCUUUUGCAAUAUUAGGUACCAGUACUACAGGAAUUUUGUGAACAAAGCUUUACGCUGCCAGAAAUGCUCAAAGCCUUUUAUUGCAUAUGAUUUAGGUUCUCAAGGUGCACCUCAAUGGAGUCAUCCUGGCAGUCAAGAUGCGCACCUUAGGUCUAAUAUGAGCCAGCCUUUUCAGCAGAAAGAGGUUCCCAACCACAGAAUGGCAGACGGAGUUGGCUUUACACCUGUCCAAAUGGGAUCUCAAAAGAGCCCUAGCAGUAGAAGAAUGGGAUCACAACCAGAGGUCUGCAGAGAAAAGACUGCUCAGGUAUUUGAGGAUAUAAAGGCUAAACAGAAGGACGGAAAGUAUGACAAGGAAAUGGGUUGUGUGAAUGAAGGGGCUGCUAUGCCAAAGGUUAAUAAAAAAAACAGGAAAAGGGGUAGGAAGCAGACAGUUGAAUCAAGUGAGAGCAUUGAUACUACAAGCAGCACCGAGCCUGAAACUGAAGACUUUGAGUCUGGUAGCUAUCCACCGGCUGGAGAAGGUGGCCGUAGGAGGUCUGCUCGCCUACGGCAGAAUAUCUCCUAUAAUGAAGGUGCAAGUGAUGGCGAGAAUGAUUUGGCAAGCCCUCUGAAGAAGGUAUGGGCUAACCAAUCACGUGGAGAUGAUACAUCAAAGCAGAAAGAAGUUGUGAGUGAUGAUGACUUAAAGCAUGCCAAUCCUACUGGUUUCCAUAGUAAUUCCAAGGCAAAAGGUACUCGAAAUGGAACAGCCCCUCCCGAAGCAAACAUGCAAGACAAAAAUGCCAACAGUGGGAAAGUUGACGAACGGGCUGCUGGACCUCCAUCAAGUAAGGUAGAAAAAGUUGAAGUCAUUGAUUCUGAUUCAGAACCUGAUACAGAAACCUGCGAUGAUCCUCCAGAGUUAUUUGACUGCCCUGAUCCAGAGUUUAAUGAUUUCGAUAAACACAGGGAAGAAAGUUGUUUUUCUGUUGACCAAACCUGGGCUUGUUAUGAUUCAGCUGAUGGCAUGCCUAGAUUCUAUUGUCUGAUCAGGAAGAUACUUUCCCCUAAAUUUGAGUUACGGAUUACUUGGCUCGAGGCUGAUCCAGAAGAUCCCUACACGGAGUGGCUAGAGGAAGGCCUGCCUGCUGGUUGUGGGAAAUUUAAACGAGGGAAUUCUCAAAACACUAACGAUCGUCCUACAUUCUCUCAUCUGGUGCAGUGCGAAAAGGGUAAGAAAGGUGUAUUCAUUGUAUAUCCUAGGAAAGGGGAGACAUGGGCUCUUUUUAAAGAUUGGGAUAUUGGUUGGAGCUCUGACCCAGAAAACCAUAGGAAGUACCAGUAUGAAAUUGUGGAGGUUCUUUCUGAUUUUGUCAAGGAUGUUGGUAUAAAAGUAAAUUACCUGGAUAAAGUGGUUGGAUUUGUUAGCCUUUUCCAGUCUACCAGCCAAAAGAAGGCUGGCUUAUUUUUUGUAAAGCCAAACGAACUUUACAAGUUCUCUCAUCGAAUCCCAUCAUUCAGAAUGACUGGAACUGAAAAGGAGGGUGUACCUGUGGGAUCGUUUGAACUUGAUCCUGCUGCUUUACCUCUUAAUCCAGAUGACAUUUGGUACCCUGGGAAAGUGAUUUCAGACAGCACAAGUGCAAAAUCUGAAUCGGAGAAAGUGACAACACCUAAGAAGUCAGUGGACUGGAAAGGAAUAGGUGCUACUGAUGGAGAGUCAUCUAAGGUUCGAAGAUCUCCCAGGGGAAUGAAUAUCUCCAUGACUAGAAAAUUGUAGACGUGACACAUUCUUUUCUUCUGCUUUGCAGGCUCAGUGAAGCUUUCAUUUGGCUAGAUUCGUGGAUUUUGUCAUCAGUAUAACUUUUAGGGAUACCAGUAGGAUUAAGGGAAGAGUUGGUGCUGGCCUGAACUCUUUUUUGACUUCAGUAUAUGUUUCCCACAACUCUUAUUGCUAAUGUAUGUCCUUUUGUGUAGUUUUGCUGAACCAAUGGUAUCUUCGGAACGUUUUGUGAGACGGAUUAAGGAUAUUGAAUUUGAACAAAACUGACAUCAUGGAUUUAUUACUCA